AAACGCUUAGCAUUACCAGUAUAGGUAUUCAGUCUAAAAUAAUUGCAUCGUGAAACAUUUUUAUGUGAUAUUAGAAACGAAUAAAGAGAGAGACGAAAAAUUACAGACAACUGUCAACUAAAAAAGCCUUAGAUAGUAUUAAGCAAAUGAAUGAAUGUUAUGAGAAUUAUCAUUAAAAGACCUUGGCAUAGUGAAACUAUUAUUAUCUGGUAUUCGCAGUGAAUAAAGAUAAAGAAAAUACGGACAAAAUUUCACCUAUAAUACCCAGGUUUGGAUGACUUUGCCUAUGUCGGUUGCCCAUAUAUGAUUGUGGAGAGGUCACUAGAAAAGUUUGUCCGCUAAACUAAUAUACUGUGAUAAAUUCCAACUUUGCGCUUGCCUGUGACUCACAAUUGAUCUGAUGUGUGGUACUUAAACCUGUUUUAGAGCGGAUAUCACUGAUUAUUAUUAUAUGUAAACUGUUGUGCUGGACUUUUGAUAUCAUUCCAUACGAAACUGGGGAAAUCAUGAAGCAUAUCAAGUGCGUAUUAGUUGGAGAUAAGGAUGUCGGAAAAACGUGCCUUCUAAUUUCAUAUUCAAUGAAUCAGUUUCCGUCUGAAUAUGUUCCUGCUGUUCAGGAAUGUUGUGGCCUUGAUUUUAUUGUUGGCAAAGAAAACUAUGUUAAUUGCUUGUUUGAUACGCCAGGGGAAGAAGAUUAUGAUCGUCUCCGACCAAUAUCCUAUCCCCAAACAGACGUUUUCCUUGUGUGUUUUUCUGUUGCGUCACCUUCUUCUUUUGAGAAUGUUAAAGAGAAAUGGAUUCCAGAAAUUACUCAUCACUGCCAGGAAACACCUUUUCUCUUAGUUGGAACUCAGAUUGAUUUAAGAGAUGACGUGAAGAUAGUACAAGAAUUAGCUAAAAGUAGACAGAAGCCUAUUACGUAUGAUCAGGGAGAAAAAUUGGCAAAGGAGUUGAAAGCUGUGAAAUAUGUUGAAUGUUCAGCUAAAACUCGGGAAGGACUAAGGAAUAUUUUCGUGGAUGCAAUCCUAACUGCUUUAAGCUACCCAAGAAACAAGAGACAUAGAAAAAUUCUAAAAGGUUGCAACAUUUCGUAAUUGACUUUUGCACGUUCUAGAAAUUUGUUUUCAUCAAAUGAAUGUAAGGAUUUUAAAGCGUGUACAGCAUAAUACAAGUGUUUUAGAAUAAAAUCAUUUAUUGUCCAUUUCAUCCAAA